CUUCCUAUUCCUUCGCUUCCCUUCUCCUCCGCUCCCCCGCGAAAACUAGUCAGAUAUUUAUGAGCGCAGCCGCGGUUUGGUUGUCCCUCUCGCUCUCGCGUUCGCAGUCGCAGCUGUGGGGUUGAAGCGCGAGGGGGAUAAACCCUAGCCGGGGCUGUCCUUGGGUUGGUGGCGUCGGCGGCGGCUCGCUGGUCUCCCCGUGGAAUGGAGUGGGAGGUGACUAAGGCUGCCUUGGGCUCUAACUACGCCACAAAUGAAUGAUAGGACAGUCGCAGUGCAGCUACCAGUUUUCGAGAACCAAAAUCGUUGAUACCAAGAAAGUGACUGGUUUUUGUUCAAUACUUGCACCUCAAUCAUGGGUGGUGUCUGCUCCAGGAAGAGAAGCCAAUUGGUGGAUGAGGGCGACACUUUCCAGACAUCCCCAAGGUUCUCAAAGACCAGCAGCUUGAAAUGGCUGCUGCUUGCACUGCCCCACACCAAUUCUGAUGUCUCCCGCAAGGGGCAGGGGAAAGGGUCCACUCAGUGCCCGUCCCUCAUGGAGCUUUGUGUGGCUAGAGUCUGCAAGGAUAUCGACAAGUAUUCUAGUUUCAUGAUGCUGCCGAGGGAUCUCAGCCAGCAGAUUUUCAAUGAGCUGGUAGAAUCAAACUGUCUUACAGAGGCAUCGCUUGAAACUUUUCGGGAUUGUACACUGCAGGACAUUUGCUUGGGGGAGUACCCUGGAGUGAAGGAUGCUUGGAUGGAAGUAGUGGCGUCUCAAAGGCAAUCAUUGUUGUCUGUUGAUAUUUCUUGCUCUGAAGUAACUGAUAAUGGGAUAUAUCUUCUUAGAGAUUGCUCAAACAUGCAAAGCUUGGCAUGUAAUUACUGUGAUCAAAUCUCCAAACAUGGCCUAGGAAUACUGUCAGGGCUUUCAAACCUGACUUCCCUAAGUUUGAAGAGAAGUAAUGGUGUUACUGCUGAAGGAAUGAGAGCAUUUGCAAGUUUAUUUAAUUUGGUAAAUCUCGACCUUGAAGGAUGCCUAAAGAUUCAUGGCAGCUGUGUUCACUUAAAAGACCUGAAAAAGCUGGAGUCACUGAAUUUGAGAUAUUGCAAUAAUGUUGUGGAUUCAGAUAUCAAGUAUUUAUCAGAUCUUACAAAUUUGAAAGAACUGCAAUUGUCAUGUUGUAGGAUCACAGAUCUGGGUGUAUCUUAUCUUAGAGGCUUGUCGAAGCUCACUCACUUGAACCUAGAAGGCUGCCCAGUGACUGCUGCUUGUUUGGAAGUCAUUUCAGGAUUGGCUUCAUUGGUUUUGUUGAAUCUGAAUCGGUGUGGUAUCUACGAUGAAGGCUGUGAAAAUUUUGAAGGUCUUAAGAAAUUGAAGGUUUUAAACUUGGGGUUUAACUAUAUUACAGAUGCUUGUUUGGUGCACCUGAAAGAAUUAAUCAAUUUGGAGUCCUUGAACUUGGAUUCAUGCAAGAUUGGUGAUGAAGGCCUAUCACAUCUGAAAGGCCUUGUGCUAUUACAAAGCUUGGAGCUUUCUGAUACUGAAGUUGGAAGUAAUGGACUCCAACAUCUAUCCGGUCUUCGCAAUCUACAAAGCAUCAAUCUCUCGUUUACUUUUGUCACGGACAUUGGUAUGAAGAAGAUCUCUGCGUUGAAUUCACUCGAGUCAGUUAAUCUUGACAAUCACCAGAUUACUGAUGUUGGCUUGGCAGCACUUACAAGUCUCACCGGUUUGACUCAUCUUGACCUUUUUGGAGCUCGCAUAACUGACUAUGGCACAAACUGCUUCAGAUAUUUUAAGAAUCUUCAGUCUCUUGAAGUCUGUGGUGGGUCAAUUACCGAUGCUGGAGUGAACAAUAUCAAGGAUCUGAAAGCUCUGACGCUCCUUAAUCUUUCUCAUAAUGUUAACCUGACGGACAAAACAUUGGAGCUGAUUUCUGGCUUGACUGCUUUGGCCUCGUUGAACGUCUCAAACUCCCGGGUGUCCAAUGCUGGUCUCAGGCACCUGAAGGAUCUGCAGAAUCUCCGCUCGCUGUCGCUGGAUUCCAGCAGAGUCACAGCAAGCGAGAUGAAGAAGCUCCAGGCGACGACGCUUCCUUAUCUAAUCAGCGUGCGGCCUGAGUAGUUUCGCUCCCGAUGCCUGCUGUAAAUAAUUAUCAGGAUGGAGCAGGCUGGCAUGUAGAUAUAUUUGAAGAGCCUGCAAUGUAGGGAAAUGAGUUAGUAUUACUAUUAGCGUGUGGUGGUCUUGUGCUGUCAAGGAGCCCUUCGUUUCGAGAUACUGGAGAUUUGGUAGUUGCUUUGCUCUCUGCACCCACCUAGGCGCGACGGGAAGCUAAAUAGCGCUUCCUCGCCAUCUGGGAUGCUAAUGUGUGUUGAACUCUAUAUGCCCGUGUUACAAAUGGAGUUUAGAGUUGGGUUUGUGCUCCCAAGAA